AAAACGGAAAAUAAAAUAAAAUAAACCCAUAACAAGCAAAACGAUUGUUGUCUUUCAAAGAGGCAUAUUUAAGCUGCUUAAGAAAAGAGUGUUUGCACCCAUAUUUUCGUGUCGCUGUUUAUUUUUUUCGCCCCCCACCAAUUUCGCAUAAAGUGCGCGUGCGAAAAAAGCGUGUCAAUUUUCAGUGGCUUAGGAUUAAGUUGAAGUGAAUGAAUUUCGCCGCCAGAAUGCCACCCAAUCAUCAGUUCAUGUUGAAUUCUCUGCCCAUGGAGCCGGUGUCGCGCACUUAUCAAUAUCGCAAGAUUAUGAAGCCAAUGUUGGAACGUAAACGACGUGCUCGCAUUAACAAGUGUUUGGACGAGUUAAAGGAUUUAAUGACUGGCACUUUACAAGCGGAUGGUGAAAAUGUCUCCAAACUUGAGAAGGCAGACAUACUAGAACUCACGGUGCGUCAUCUGCAACGCCUUAGAGAAAAGAAUGCCCUAUAUGUACGACACAAUGAUACUUUAAAUAUGGAAAAAUUUUGGGCUGGUUUCCAACAUUGUGCAGCAGAGGUGGCACAAUAUCUUAAUAAAUUCGAUCAUCAAAUAAGUGGAGACUUAAUACAACACAUUGCCAACUAUGCGCCAAAUGUUAAUGCAACACCGGUGGCACCCACAGCGCCACAUUUGCCUCCAUCUGCCUAUUUGGCCAAUAGAAUGACAGCGAAUUAUCAAAGAUUACCCUAUGCUAAGAAACCUGCAAUGCCAACAGCAGCAGCAUUACCAACCACACAUUCAGAAAAGGAAAUGUCAGAUGACAUUGGUGAUAUUUCCGAAUAUGAAGUGGAUCGAAGAGUGAAAAGAGAAAUUAUGGAUGAUCAUGAUAGAUCGGUGUGGAGACCUUGGUGAUGAGGAGUUUUUGUUUUUCAUAACUAAAGAGGAGUCUAAGAUAUUGGUUUAUUCCUAAGGAAGAAAAGGAUAUUAGAUAAGAGGCAACUGUGUUAAGAUAACAUGCAUAGCUAUAGGUGCCAAAAAAAAAUCAUUAAGAAAAAUGCCAAAUUUUAUGAAAGUAAUCAUAAUUUAUAUUUUGAGGAGUUUGCUGUGGUAUUUUACUAAGGAAAUCAAAGGCUUAUGGCUUAACCCAUUUUAGAC